CGGAAGCCGUUGUGAUAUUGCCACGUCCAUGAUAUGCAAGGUGGCAGCAUCGGAAGCUUGGUAUUCAACAAAAGAGAAAAUUUGGAGGGAAAAUAAAAUAUGGGGGUAAAGGCUGACACAGUUUUCGGUUUGUGUUUUUAACUUUUAUUUAUUUAUUUAUAAUCGAUAUUGGCUUAGGCGUUGCAUCUGCAAAUCACAACCCAAAAAUUUCUCCCUCUUUCGGUCCCUGUCUCUUUCUUAUACCAAUUUUCGUUUUAAUUUCCUUCUGAGUCGCAUCGCUCUCGGAUCACUUCUGGUUUUUCAGCGGGGACUUGCGUCGCACUCGCAGGCAACAAUUUACUGCGAGGUACGGAAUCCGUGAAUUUUCCGGCGAGGUAAGAUUCCGUUGAAAUUUUGCUUUGGUCCGAGGGGGAGGGUGGAACUUUGUGGAAUUAGGAUCGAUUUGGCUCCAGAUCUGGGAAUUAGGGUUUAGUUUUGGUUGCGGGUGAUGUUAAUUUUGGGGGAGAGGCUUUGGUAGAUGGAAUCCGGCUUGAGAUCGGGUGGUUCUGGGGUUGUGGUGAAGAGCAGAAGCUCAUCUGGUUGUUUAAUUGUGCGAAAGAAAGGGGAUGGGUUGGGUGCUACUGCUUCCACCUCUCGCAAGCUCUAUGAAUCCAAGAAAAGGCCAAACAUCAACGUGUCAUUGAGUGAUUCUGGAUCAAGCGAGGGGUCACUAAUACCUCCUGGUAGAAGGCUUGGUCCCGAGACUAUUCGAGUUUGCAAUGGUUUGGCUGCCUCUGAGCGGGGUGGGACUGAAAUUAGUCGAAAGAGGGAUAGAGUACAACGAAUUAAGGGUAAUGGGGAGGGUAUUGCUGCGGAGAAAGGGUUGGAGCAGUGGGAAAGAAAGCGUAGUAAGUUGGGUGUGUACGAUUUUGAUGAUUACGAUGGCAUGGAUUUGGAGAACAUGAGGAGGAGGCAUUUGGAUGGUCAUGGAGGAGGAAGCUUUAUGGGAUCAGUGCAUGCUGCUAGAAGUGGCAUUGAUAGGGAAUUCAUAACAGGUUCAAGUGGACGAAUUCUUGAUAAGAGAAAGAACUCUUACGGUGACAGACCUAGUGGCUUGUAUCUGGGAGAUAAUGUUGAUCACAGUAGGUACAAGAUAAACAGGGAUGGAGUCUGGGUACCUCUACGCUUGCAGAGGGAUAAGUUUAAUUCAGAUGAGUCGAUUAGGGUUCAGGGGAAGAAUGGUGUUUUGAAGGUAAUGGUUAAUAAGAAGAAGGUGGGUGGUCCAUCAGAACAGGAUUAUGAUCAUCACAAACCUGUGGAAGGCAGGCAAAGGUUGAAGACUGAAGAGACUGCUAAGAGGUUGAUGACUGAAGAGACUGCCAAGAGGUUGAAGACUGAAAAGGCUGCCAAGAGGAAUGUUCCAAUUCGUCCUUUGUCAUACUUGGAAACAAAACCUGUUGAGAAACCAGGAUUACUCAAGAGGCCAGAGAAUAAAAGGAUAGCAUCAAGAAAAUCGUUGUCAAGCAAGGACAGUAAGGGUGAUGAGGGGGAUUCAGAUAACAGUGACACAUCAUUGAAUUUGGGAAUAAGAAAUACUGAAGCACGGAAGCCAGCAAAAAAUGUAAUGUCUGAGGAUGAGCAGACUCCUGUGCAUGAAAAACUCCCAACCACAAGAACAAAAGAAGGAAAAAUCAAGCGUGGAAGUGGUACAGAAAAACAGAAACUGCGGGAACGAAUAAGGGAGAUGCUGCUGAAUUCAGGUUGGACCAUAGACUAUCGACCUAGAAGGAACAGGGACUAUCUGGAUGCAGUUUACAUUAAUCCAGCAGGUACAGCUUAUUGGUCUAUCAUCAAGGCCUACGAAGCACUUCAAAAGCAAUUGAAUGAAGAUGCUAAUGAGGCCAAGCCCAAAGGGGAUAGUUCUUCUUUUGCUCCUAUUGCAGAUGAGGUGCUCAAUCAGCUAACAAGGAAAACUAGGAAGAAAAUGGAGAAAGAAUUGAAAAAGAAGAAAAAAUAUGAUAGUGAAAGUGAUAAUGAAAAAGAGCCUCAAAUAAGAAGAUCUGCCAGCAACAAGCGUGAUUUGAAUAGCACAGAUAGUGAUAACAAUGAGGAGAAAUUAAGCUCCUUUAUAAAGCAGGGGAGUAAGUCAAUGAAAAAUAAAAUGUUUGAAGAUACCAUUAUGAGUGCUUCCUCUAAAAUCCAGAAUGCUACCAAUCACUCAGGUGAUGGAAUAGAAAAAUCAUUAUUUGAAUGUGAUCCUCAGAUACACGGACGGAAGAGUAAAAAACAUGGAAGAUGUACCUUGUUAGUUCGCAGUUCUAAGAAAGGAUCAAAUUCAGAAUCUGAUGGCUUUGUACCAUAUAUGGGCAAACGAACGGUUCUUUCAUGGUUGAUUGACUCUGGAACAGUAGAGUUAAGCCAAAAGGUUCAGUACCGCAGACGGAAGAAAGUCAUGCUGGAGGGGUGGAUCACAAGAGAUGGCAUUCAUUGUGGCUGCUGUAGUAAGAUCCUCACAGUUUCAAAGUUUGAGCUUCACGCAGGAAGCAAAUUGCCACAGCCAUAUCAAAAUAUAUAUUUGGAAUCUGGAGUUUCUCUUCUACAGUGCCAGAUAGAGGCAUGGAAUAGACAAGAGCAUUCUGAAAAAAUAUGUUUCCAUUCAGUGGAUAUUGAUGGCGAUGAUCCAAAUGAUGAUACUUGUGGUAUAUGUGGAGAUGGAGGGGAUUUAAUCUGUUGUGAUGGUUGUCCAUCCACAUUUCAUCAGAGCUGCUUGGAUAUACAGAUGCUUCCUCUGGGUGAAUGGCAUUGUCCAAAUUGCACCUGUAAAUUUUGUGGCAUAGCCAGUGGGAAUUCUGAAAAAGAUGAUGCAUCUGUGUAUGUCCUACAAAUUUGCAACUUAUGUGAGAAAAAAUAUCAUGACUCUUGCACUAAGGAGAUGGAUAACCUUCCUAAUAACAUCAAUACAUCAAGCCUUUCUUUUUGUGGGAAAGAGUGCAAAGAGCUUUCUGAACACUUGAAGAAAUACCUUGGUACCAAGCAUGAGCUGGAAGCCGGUUUUUCAUGGUCUCUCAUUCAUAGGAUAGACGAAGACUCAGAGGCAGCUUGCAGGGGUAUUAGCCAGAGGGUAGAAUGCAAUUCCAAGUUGGCUAUUGCACUGACUGUGAUGGAUGAAUGUUUUUUACCUGUUAUUGAUCGAAGGAGUGGGAUCAAUUUAAUCCGUAACGUUUUAUAUAAUAGUGGAUCAAACUUUAGUCGGUUGAACUAUAGUGGCUUUUACACUGCUACUUUGGAGAGAGGGGAUGAAAUCAUUGCUUCAGCAUCUAUCAGGUUCCAUGGAACUCAGAUAGCAGAGAUGCCAUUUAUCGGAACUCGCCAUAUGUAUAGGCAUCAGGGGAUGUGCCGCCGGCUUUUUUCUGCCAUUGAAUCGACACUUUGCUCUCUAAAGGUUGAAAAACUAGUUAUUCCUGCAAUUGCUGAACUCACAAAUACAUGGACAACAGUUUUUGGCUUCACACAUCUGGACGAAUCACUCAGGCAAGAAAUGAAGUCACUGAAUAUGAUGGUCUUCCCCGGUAUAGAUAUGUUAAUGAAGCCGUUAGCGGAACAAGGAAACCAUGAGGGUAAUAAAACCACAGGUUCUGAGAAAUUGGAAAAUGGAGACAAUGAUUUUAUCAAGACCAAAAUGGAAAAUAAGUCAGAUAUGGGUUCUUCGACUCCACAAGAUCCUCAUGGAAGUGAUGAUAUUAGUUCAAGUCUUGCUAAUGAGAUGAAUGAUGAAUGCAGUGACGCUUCUCAAGAACUAAACAACCAAGUUUUGGUUGAUGGCAUUAUCUGUUCCAAAUCUCAUUCUGGGGAAAUGAUGUCUGAUCCAGUUUCAGAUAGAUGUAUUUCUCUUUCUAGAACUAGUCACAGUGAACUAGAAAUGAAGAAUAAAGUAGUGGCUGCUCCUCCUGUCGAUAGAUUAAAUUCUUCGGCCAAAUGUCAAUCCAUUUCUCCGAUUGACACUUCUGUUAGUAGUCACCCAGUAGAUAUUCUGAAAGUUCAAACUUUGGUUCAGGAAACUACUUGUUCUGAUCCAUGUCCAGCAGAAGAAAACCUUGACAAGAAGUGUCACUCGUCCACUGCUAUGAAUUGUGAUUCAUCGGAGCUUGACAUUAAUCCAGUGUUGGAUUCUGAAAUGGCGAACAAUACUCUGCCUACUAAAGAGGUUUGUAUGAAUGACACUCUUGAAGUUGUUCCUUCAGGAAAUAUAUCUGAAGAGAAUAUUAUAAAGGGGAAUAAUCGAAAUGUAGGUGAAUCCAGUUCUGCUCUCAAUCAUGCUAAUGAAAGUUUGUUGCAAGUAGGAUCUGUUUCCAACGGUGAAAUUGGAUGUGAGAAUGAAAAGGAUUUAAGUUUGAACCCAAUAGUUGCUUCAAAUGAAAUGUAUUUUGAUGAAAGUGGCAUAAAUGCUUUCGGUGAUAGUUCCGAGACUGUUCUGGUCUAACAGAAUGACAGAGUCCUGUACUUCUCGUGAUACUCUCCUUAAGUUUUUUUUCAGAGCUUCAUUGCCUUGUAUGCAAGUCAAUUUUCAAGGCAUUUGAAGCUGCUGCAAUGUGCUUUCAUCUGGGUAUUAUGAAUAAGGUCUAUUGAUUUUGAGGGAAAUAUUAUUUUGUCCCGUGUCAUUGAAGUGAAUUUUAUUUUAUGUGAAUGUUUCUUCUGCCAAAAAGAUUCAACUGCAUCUGGCACCAGACCUGUUGCCGUAUAAUCAUGUGUAGCAGAAUAGUUGAAGUUACUGGGGGGAAUAUACAGCGGCUCUUCGACAGAAGCAAAUACUGAUUGUGCUGUUUCUAUUGUAUAUAUCUGAAUCUGGUAGAGUAGAUGCGGGUUUCUGCUCAAUCCCUUUGUGCCACUCAAUGUCCCCAGUAAUUCAUCAAUCAUCAUAUGACAUAGGCGAUUGUACUUUGAGCAAUUUUUUACAUAGAUUCUUCUGUUUUCUUCUUUCUUUUUUACAUAGAUUUGUAGCAUGUGUUUAAUCUGGCUUGACUAUAUUUAACGAGUAAUUGAGGGAAGCAAGAAAUUUUGUUUCUUUCAUUCCAAUCUGAGCUCCUUGUAUUCGGCUCGUGGUCCAUUUCUGCCAAAGUUCUCUAUAGAAUUUUGUCUUAAUGUGCU